UCGACCUGACAGGCCGCAUGGCUGAGCCGGCCAGUGGUUUCGUGGUUCCUCCCGGGCGGUUUCCACCCCCCGAGGUGAACCCCGCGUUGGGGUCGCUGAACGACACUGCAACGCGGCGGGAGAAGUGGAUGCUCUGGGCAGUGUUGCCGCCGCCACCCCCGCCUUCGUCGUCGCCUUCCAAGGUCGGGUCAGAGCCUUCCUCGGACACGCAUCCCCACCUCGCGGCCCAGCCUCUCUCCGGGGUGCCGCCCCCCUUCGACACCCAGCUUCUUCCCGGGGCGCAGCCCCCUUUCGACGCCCAGUCCCCCGUUGAUUCUCAGCCUCGACUCAACUUCCAGCCUUCCUGGAAUUCCCAGGCUUCGACAUCAUGGUACUGGAGACAGUCUCCUGAAACAUUUCCUCAGCUUCAGAAGACCCACAAUCCUCACGCUAAAUGUUCUUAUUAUCCAAGAAAAUAUGAUGCAGAUUUCACUGAUUUCAACUUCCCUCCCAAUGGAAAACAGAAAAAAAAGAAAAGAAAGGAACCAGUUUUCCACUAUUUUUGUGAUACCUGUGAUCGUGGCUUUAAAAAUCAAGAAAAGUAUGAUAAACACAUGUCUGAACAUACAAAAUGUCCUGAAGCAGAUUGCUCUUUUAGUGCACAUGAGAAGAUUGUCCAGUUUCACUGGAGAAAUACACAUGCUCCUGGUAUGAAGAAGAUUAAAGUUGAUACUCCAGAGGAGAUUGCAAGAUGGAGGGAAGAAAGAAGAAAAAACUACCCAACCAUGGCCAAUAUUGAAAGGAAGAAAAAGCUAAAACUUGAAAAGGAAGAGAGAGGAGCAGUAUUGACAACAACACAGUAUGGCAAGAUGAAGGGGAUGUCCAGACAUUCACAAAUGGCAAAGAUCAGGAGUCCUGGCAAACAUCAGAAAUGGAAGAACAAUCGUGCUGCUCGUAAAGCAACCAUGGGAUCAUAUCUCACACGUGAUUCAAAACCUGAAGAUCUGCCUCAGGCAAAUGCAGAUCCCCUUGGUGCUUUGGCAAACAGUGAUUCUGAGUCCGAUAAGGAGGAGAAACCACAAAGUACUGUCAUACCUAAGGAAGUGACACCAGCCCUGUGCUCACUAAUGAGCAGCUAUGGAAGUCUUUCAGGGUCGGAGAGUGAGCCAGAAGAAACUCCCAUCAAGACCGAAGCAGAAGUUCUGCCAGAAAAUCAGAUUCUUCAUAGCAAUACUCCUGAAAGUCCAAGUCAAAAUGUUAAAGCAACUGUUAAAAAAUUAUCAGAAUCCAAGCCUCAGAGCCCAAAGAAAAGUUUUAAAAGGAUGAACUGUAAGCAAAAAAAAGAUUAUCACAACUAUCAAACAUUAUUUGAACCAAGAACACACCAUCCAUAUCUCCUGGAAAUGCUUUUAGCUCCAGAUAUUCGACAUGAAAGAAAUGUGAUUUUGCAGUGUGUUCGGUACAUCAUCAAAAAUGACUUUUUUGGACUGAAUACUAAUGCACUGAAAACUGAGGAUAUGUAAGUGUCUGAUGUUUCAGCACACAUAACCAAAAAUAGAAAGUAGUGCCAUCUUCAAGUUAGUGGAGGAAAACCUUUAACAAAGAAAAAAAACUGGAUUAGUAAUUAAAUUGUAAGCCUCAUAAGAUACGAUGUUGGGUUUUUAAGUCGUUUCUUUGAAUCUAUGCAAAUAAAUACAUAACUGAUUCUCAA